AUGAGGCAAAGCGGGUCUCAACGCACGGAAAGGCCGCCUGACGUCAGACGCGCCGUACGAUCGCAUUGUAGGGCCAGUAAUGGCGUGAAUGGCAUACGUUUGCUGUGCUUUAGUAUAGCGUUUGCUUAUUCGCUGAGUUGUUGGGACUGUAAUUCAUUGAUUAACAACGGAUGUAACGACCCGUUCAAAGAGGACGACUUCGCGAUGGCUGACUGCACCCAAAAGGUGUUGCCCAAUUUCCCGGACCAACCUGGUAACAUUUGCCGCAAAAUUGUCCAAAAAGUGAACGACGAGUACCGGACGAUCCGCGGGUGCGGCUAUUUGGACGACACGGGCAAAGGGAUCAAACCCAACGAACCCGUGGCCAAUGACUGUGUGAAAAGAGCGGGUACUUUCUCGGUGUUAGUCCAGUACUGUUCCUGUAAUGGUAAAGACGGCUGCAAUCACUCAAAUCAUCUCAUUGUCAGCUCUAUUACUCUAAUAACUCCUAUUUUAAUCUCAAUUUUCUAUUAUUUCUGAUGUGAUUGUCGUCCAAACCAUUAGAUUAUCUCUUGAUUUGGUUUUUCUAGAUUUGCAUUCCAUUUGUUUAUUAAUUGUUCAUUACUUUAGUAUUAAUUUCGUAUCACUUUUGACGUAUGAUUUCAUUAAUUUCAUUAUUAUUUCACUGAUUAUAUACUCGAUAUAAUUCCCAACCAAAUGAUGUCAUUAUGUGUUAAAAUACCCAACAAUUUGAUGGUAUAAUAAGAGCACAUAAUGUGAUAAUUCGUAGGAAAUAUAACUUAUUGACUGCUCACUUAUUAAUUGCUAAUUUUGUUUAUUUUUUAAUUAUUUUAAUAUUUUUGUUGUUUAAGUUUUUAUGUUUUUUAAGUUUAUUUUUUAGUGUAAAUAUUUAAUUAAUUAUUUAAUUAUCAUUUUAAUUUUUGGUCACAAUAUAUAAAUUAUAGUGUUUUGAUAGACUUCUAGUCCGA